GAGCUUGACCAUACAAAGAAAAGCUAUGUGAAUGGUUUUGAAUUGUAAAUUAUUCAGGUAAUCAGCAGAAAUGCAAAUAUUUUUGGUGUGUUAAAAUCUGCAAAUAGAAAUGCUGCAGGAGAGCCGAGCUGCAGGAAUGGAGAAGGUCGUGCUGUUCAUCGUCGCUGCCUCAGGUCCUAAAGCUGCUCCUAACAUUUCUGAUAGACGUGUCUGCAUGGGUGGUGUUUACUCCGAGGCUUGUGUGUGUGUGUGUGUGUGUGUCGUUGCAGCGCCGCACUUUGCCGCCGUGCACCGCUACCAUUUUGUGUAUGAAGUGAAGAACUGGACCGAGGCGCAGCGACACUGCAGAGAGAAGUUCACAGACCUGGCCAUCGUAGAGGACAUGGAGGACGUAGAUGCCCUGAUCCGCCUGGCAGACCUGAGCCAGAUGGUCUACCCGUCCUACAGCCAGCGAGCCUGGAUUGGAUUAUACGACACCAAAAACAUCUGGAUGUGGUCCCUGGCUGACAGAGAUUUCUAUAGAAACUGGGAAACGGAGUUCAGGAACUGGGGCAGCGGUUACCCAAACAGCUUCGGAAAGUACGUUUACUGCGUCAGGAUGGAUUCGGCUGGAAGAUGGAGCGAUGGAACCUGUGGCGUGUCCCUAGACGUCAUCUGCUCUGAUGUCAAAGGGCAGGACGCAACAUUUGCCUACAUCAACACCACCAUGAACUGGACGAAUGCUCAGAGCUACUGCAGGGAACACCACACAGACCUGGCCAGCGUGAGGAACAUGUCGGAGAACCAGAACGUGAUGAAGUUGAUACCUGCAGGCCAGGUAGCCUGGAUUGGUCUCUACAGAGAGUCGUGGAAGUGGGUGAAUGGAAGAACACCCACAUUUAUGUACUGGUCAUCAACCAAACCCGAUGGUCUGACCUCUAACUGUGCCACGGCGUACCUAAGUGGAGCUGGACGCUGGGAGGACUGGAGCUGUAGUGCACAGAAAGCUUUUGUUUGCUUAAGUGAAAAUACAAAGUGUGUGGUGAAACUGAAACUGGCCGUAGACUCGUCUGUGGAUCUGAACGAAUCGACUGUGCAGCGGCAGAUCCUGGAGCAGCUGAAAGAGAAGCUGCAGGACCAACACUUGGAGGAUAAUCUUAAACUGAGCUGGAAGAAGCAGGACAAUGGGAGAAUCUUUGAUAAGGACAACAAGAAAGAGGAAAUGUAAAGGUGAAAACGGCUGAUUGUACCACCGACUCCAGAGGGUUCCUGGAUAAACAUCUGCGUAGAAAGUCUCAGCUGUGUGUAACGUGUGUUUGUUAAUCUCGGCUUUAGGUUUUCGAUUUGGUAUUAGGAUUAGAUUUUGACUCUCUGGUGACCCCGAUCUAGGAACGGCUAUUUGACGUUGUUUGUGGACUUUUCCCAGCGUCCCUGCCUAACAGGACGUCCCUCCAUUAGCUCGGAGUUUCGGUUAGUUAAUCCCCCCUCCCGGCACCUUAUGGCCGAGACUAACAAACACACGAGGAGAAGAGAGCAGCAAAAAUUCUGCCGAGCCUUCGCUAGCCUGGACCUUCUCAAAGGUCGUGGGCAGGAGAGCAGCCUUUAACAGCUGACCCAUGAUUACCCGUCACACACAGCUGAGACAGGCAGGCAGACGCCACCGAGGCCAUCUUGUGGCCGAAAAGGGGCAGAG